AUGGCGGGCGCCGUGACGGGCAUCCCCGAGGGACGGGCCACGGAGACUAUCUACGGCCUGAUCAGGGACGGGAAACACGACGAGUGCGCGAAGCUGCUGGAGAUCCAGCUCGCCAACGCGCCCGAUUCCAGACCCGCGCUAUCUCUGCUGGGCUACUGCUACUACUACCUCGGUAACUUCGAGCGCGCCGCGGAGAUGUACGGGCAGCUCGCAAAGUUAUUCCCGGAGAACGAAGACUACGCAGUGCAUCACGCGCAGAGCCUCUACAAGGCGUCCAUGUACCAAGACGCUCUCCGCGCGUCGAGGGCCAUCGACAGCAAGGACCCGGCGGUCCGACAGAAGGUCUCGCAGCUGCAGGCGCUCAUCGCCUACGAGGAGGACGACCUCGCGGGGUGCAGGGCGAGGCUGGAUGAGUGCCCGAGCGACGAUCCGGAUGUCGUCGUCAACCUCGCGUGUUGCAUGCUCAAAGAAGGCCGCUUCGAGGAGGCGCGGACGCGGUUCCUCGACGCGCAGCAGGCGCUGGGAUUCCAGGCGGACAUCGCGUACAACAUCGCGCUGUGCUACUACCGCACCAAGCAGUUCGGCCCGGCGUUAAAGCACCUGGCGGAGAUAAUAGAGAGGGGAAUGAGGGAGCACCCCGAACUCGCGGUGGGCGCGGCGACGGAUGCGACGCAGACGGGCGAGGAGAUCAGGAGCGUGGGGAACACCCCCGCGCUGAAGGAAACCGCGCUGGUGGAGGCGUUCAACCUCAAGGCGGCGAUCGAGUACGCCAUGGGCAACUCCGAGGGUUUUCGGGAGGCGCUCACGGACAUGCCGCCGAGGACGGAGGAGGAGCUCGAUCCGGUGACGCUUCACAACGUCGCGCUCAUGAACAUGGAGAGCGAUCCGACGGACGGGUUCCACAAGCUCAACUUUUUGCUGCAGUCGCCCGUGAGCCCGCCGGAGACGUUCGGGAACCUGCUCUUGCUGUACUGCAAGCCGGAGCACGGGUUUUACGACCUCGCCGCGGACGUCAUGGCGGAGAAUCCGCAACUGGUCGCGAAGCACUUACCCCAGGAGGUGCACCAGUUUCUGGAGGCGACCAUCCUGGCGCAGACCGCGCCGGAGGAGGCGUAUCGCAAAUUCGAGGAGCUCGUGCAGCGGAACGCGGACAAGCUCCGAAGGCUGACGCGGAAGAUUCAGGAGUACAGACAGGGGCGGGACGACAAGGCUCUGAAAAAAUCUUUGGCCGAGUACGACGAGACCCUGGACGCGUACGUACCCGCGCUGAUGGCCCAGGCGAAGAUUUACUGGGACGCCGAGAACUAUCAGCAGGUGGAGAAGAUUCUGCGACAGGGCGCGGACUACUGCGCGGACCACGAGGCGUACAAGGUGAACAUGGCACACACGUGCUUCAUGCAGGCGCUGAGCAACGACGAAAAAUACGUUGACGCAAUUCAGCACUACGAGCCGAUCGUGCGGGAAAAGCUGGAGGAUGAGAGCGGCAUGGGGGUGCUGAACGUGACAGCGAUCGUGCUGGCGAACCUUUGCGUCGCGUACAUCAUGACCUCGCAGAACGAGGAGGCGGAGGAGCUGAUGCGCGCCAUCGAACGUGCGGAGGAGGAGGUACAGUAUCACGACCCCAACAGGCAGUGCUUCCACCUAUGCAUCGUGAACCUAGUCAUCGGCACGCUCUACUGCUCCAAGGGCAACUACGAGUUCGGAAUCUCGCGGGUGAUCAAAAGCUUGGAGCCGUACGAUAAGAAGCUGGAGACGGACACCUGGUUCUACGCCAAGCGAUGCGUCGUCGCGCUGCUCGACUUGCUCGGCAAGCACAUGAUCACCGUGCCGGACUCCACUAUGGACGAGGUGAUGGCGUUCCUGGACGAGGCGGAGAGGCACGGGAGGGAGAUCGUGACGCAGCUAGGGGACGAUGGGCAAGGACGGACGCUCACCACGGAGGCGCGGAUGAUCAAGAAGAUGUUCAUCAAGCUCAGGGACCUUUAG